CCAGAGAGUCAUGGGAACGCUGUGGCAAUAUGUCAGCCCGCAGUGAAUGUGUGUUUUUAUUUUCCCCCCACUGUAAUCUUAACGUUAUGUACCGGGAGUAUUAGCUAAGAAAAUUGGCUAUGGAUUCUGAAUUCUCUGAUGGGGAAGGGUUUGGCAUUGAAGUUAUUCUACGCGACACUGAAGAAGAAAAAGGACCAUGUUGUCCCCAUGGCCCCACGCUGCUGUUUGAGAAGCAGGGUGGAGGAGAGACGCAGGGCAGGCGCUUCUACGCCUGCUCUGCCUGCAGAGACAGAAAAGACUGCAGCUUCUUUCAGUGGGAGGACGAGAAGGUUUCCCAGGCUAGGCUCCUGGCCAGAGAGAAGGAAAAUCAAUCAAAACAGCCUCCCUUUUCUCAUCAGGAGUACUGCUCCAGGUUCCGGGAGUUUGUGUCCUUGCCCCUGGACCGGAGGAGGUUCUGCCAGGAGUGUCAGCUCCUGCUCCUCCCCAACGAGUGGAGUGCGCACGCCACUCACAGGGCGCUGGGUGAUGACAUCACAGUGGCGCGCCUGAGGCGGCCCAGCCUGCUGCUGCGUCCUCUGGAGAACAAGAAGAGCAACGCGCAGUAUCUGUUCGCCGAUCGCAGCUGCCACUUCCUGCUGGACCUGCUGGCCGGGCUGGGCUUCGGCAAGCUGCUCUGCGUCGGGACGCCCAGGCUCCAUGAGCUCGUAAAGAUCCGCAACCAGGAAGCAGGAAAUAAAGCUUUGAAGAGCCUGCUACUGGACAUUGAUUUCAGGUAUGCUCAGUUUUACGGCGAAGAGGAAUUUUGCCACUACAACAUGUUCAACCACCACUUUUUUAACCCAGAGAGAGCAGAAGCCGUGUUUAAGGCCUUCCUGAGCGAGGAAGGCCCUGAGAAGGUCGUCAUGGUGACCGACCCACCUUUCGGGGGUCUGGUGAAGCCUCUGGCUCACAGUUUCUCCCGGAUCUCGGACGCCUGGAAGACCCUCCAAACCUCAGAGAGCUGCAGUCAGGAGAUGCCCAUGGUCUGGAUCUUCCCGUACUUCUUUGAGUCCCGCAUCUUGCAGUGCCUCCCCUCCUUCUCCAUGUUGGAUUACCAGGUGGACUAUGACAACCACCCUCUCUACAAACACGGGAAGACCGGCCGGAGGCAGUCCCCAGUGCGGCUCUUCACCAACCUCUGUCCCCGGAGCGUGGUUCUGCCCGAGAGCGAGGGGUACAGGUUCUGCUCUCUCUGUGAGCGGUUCGUGUCCUCAGGAAACCAGCACUGUCCCAUCUGCAAUGCCUGCACGUCCAAGGACGGACGGGGGUGGAGACACUGCACGCUGUGUAAUAAGUGUGUAAAGCCAUCCUGGCUGCACUGCGCUGUGUGUGGCCACUGUGCGCUGCCAGACCACCCCUGUGGGAGGAGCCAGACAGGCUGCUUCACCUGCAGCAGCCUGAAGCACAAGCACAGGGCGUGUCCUCACAGUGGAAAACGCAGGGAGGACAGAGGUCAUACCGCGGGGAGGAGACCCGGGGCAAACCUGUCCAAACACACCGCCAACAGAGUCGCAGCCAAAAAGGGCAAACCUUCUCCUCACACAUCAAAGGCUCGCAAAGUCACAUGACCUCUCAGCACGGCAGAACAUGCGAAACGCGUGUUUGUACGUGUAUUUGCACCUUGGAAGUACUCAAAAUAUUUUCUAUUAAAGAUUUUUUCCUUCUUGUACAUAUGUCGUCUUUCCGGUUUCUGUUGGGGGUUUUUUUAACCUCAAAUGAAGCGUCAGAAUUCAAACGUACUCUGUCCGCUUCAGUUUGUUUCGAGACUAGGUUUUUAACACGGGAAUGUAAAUUAAAUGAAGGUGUUGAAAGAAUUCACUUUGAGUUUUCUGAAAACUGGAAAACUGAUCUUUUUUUGUAAUAAAAAAAAACCCACAUUGUUCUGGAAGCAUCUACAUUAAGGGCAGUGUUGUAAACACUCCAGCCUCAUUCUGCCGUGUGCCAUACAUACUGCAAAAGCAUUUGAAUGAAAUGGGCCUCGUAAAUAGCGUUACUAAAACCGCAGCAAAUAAAACACUUCGUUAUGAACCCCUGGCCAUUAACAGAGCUCCGCUGAAUGCAGUUUUACGAGCGGGUUGAUUAAAAAGCUACUCGUGUUUGAAUAGUCAGCGGCCGUGGAGUUUUUCCAGCAGUCAUACUGGCGUUCCUCCACCAGGGGGCAUAGUGCUACGGCAGAAUGUGAAGUGAACUGACAUGGCAUCGCAGGUUCCCACAUCCUGUUUUCGUGUGGUCAGUUUAAAAGGGCAUUAUUCAUGUAUAUGUCUGUGUGGAAGGGCUCCGUGGGAAUUUAUCAGAGUUUUGUGGCAAGCGGUAAGGUGCUACCCCAACUGGCGUCUUGAUGUUAUUGGCCCAAAAGUGCCAUUUGAUGGCUGUAAAUCAUCAAAUCUAAGCAGAUUUACGCAGGUAUGUAAUGUCAACUGCUCUGUUAUGGGGCUGUUAAUCUGUUUUGACUACUGUAUUU